AUGGUUGUCGAAUGGUUUCCUGAUGAGAGGAGAAAGAUCUAUGUAUUGAAGGACAUUGCACCCAGGCAUACAGCUGGAGCACAUAAUAACUGCAUAUAUAACCUGAAGAGGGAUGUGGAUGCCGGAUGUGGCAAUGGCAAGUAUCUAGGGAUUAACAACCAAACCUUCAAGAUUGGUUCAGAUUGUUGCAUUAAUCUGGUCGACAUCUCAGCUAAGAGAGGCCAUGAGGUUAUGGUGUGUGAUAAUCUUCGUCUCCCGUAUCGUAGCAACUGCUUUGAUGCCGUCAUCUCCAUCGCUGUCGUCCACCAUUUUGCCACGGUUGAGAGGCGCAUCCAGGCCAUUCAGGAGCUAGCAAGAAUAUGUCGACCAGGAGGGCUGGUCAUGAUAUAUGUUUGGGCUCUGGAGCAAAAGCAGAGACAGUUUGAUGCCCAAGAUGUUUUAGUGCCUUGGCACCUCCAGCCCAAGAACACACGGACCAGGAGAAACAAAGGUAAACAGAACAGGGAGAUACAUAAACAUAACAGUAGCAGUUCAGCCAGUGAAGAUGAUGAUGAUAAGCAGAAGUUAGGCAAGAAACCAAACAAAGCAUUCAACGGGAAAUUGGAGAGCAAACUAUCCAAGAUGAAACUCCAUCCAGCCAUUCCAUCAGUCCAGAAUGGUGGUUUAAGAUCUAGGAAGGCUAAAACACUCCAGAGACAUACUACUGAAAGAGACUGGUUUCGGGAGAAGUUCUCAAGUCGUAGGGACCAACUGAAAUCAGAUGAAACCAGGGUACUGCGGAAGUGCUACAGCUGUGAGGAGAGUGUGGUCCUGAGUGCUAAACCAAGGACUGCUAAGACUAGGUGCCAGUCAGAUAGCGGGGUGAGUAGACGAUUGAUCAGCAGAAGCAGCAGUGUGGAAGAAGGAGAGCGAGGAGGGACUAUGUGGGAUGGUUUCCUACAGGUUUAUCCAGCUUCUUUCUCUCCUACAUCCCCAUUCAAGAGUGAAGAUGACAUUACACAAGGUGAUGUCAAUAGUGUCUUUGGAGAUGAUGAUGAUGACAUUGAUGAGGACACCAAGAACCAAUGGUGUAUCAUCAAUAAAGAUGGUUCGAUGAGUACUGCAACCGGUCGAUCCUUAAAGAAAAGACAGUCCCGGUCUCACCUUUUACUAAAUGGCUCAAACAGCUGUGACAGUAUUCUACCUAAAAGCUCAAAAUCACUCAGAAGUGUUAAAAAGCGAACUUCACCACUGUUAAGCUCUCAAUCGUUGGAUGAAAGAGAUUUUGAAAGAAGCAAUUCACCCAGAACUUCCUUAGAAAAAUUUGGUGCUAAUAGGAGAAAUUUGUCUUCUUUUUCACACAACUCAGAAGGUGCAAUAGAUGUUAAAAACCUCAGAGGAAAUGACUUGAAAGCUUCUACGUGGAGCAGUGAUACCUCAGGGUUUGUAAGUAAUGGUAGCGUCAAUGGAGAAUGCUCAGAGGCCACAAAGAAGUUGCUCAAUUGGCGAAAGCAACAGUUGAAACUGAAUCUGCGUCCUGAUGAGCCCAAAGAGAGGAGCUACAGCUCAUGGAAUGGGGUCAUCACAAAAUCUUUAGAACUCCUGUAUAAAUCAGAAGGAAAGACUAAGAAAAAGUCUGUGGUUGGAUUGAACUUGGCAACAGCAAAGAGAGAGAUCUUCAAGCCUUUCAAAGGAAGGAGUCGUCUUUCACAGUCUGGAUCUGAACGAGAUCUUGAAUCAUCUUUUGAUUCAGUAUCCUCUUCGGAUGAAAGUCUAACAACCUACCCAAUCAAUCCUACUAAACAAUCUCAACUGAACAAAGAUCAGUCACCUGCAUCUGACUUGAGAACUCGAUCCCAUUCUCUUUCUAUGCUUGAGAAACUGAUGCCCAAAGAUUUUAGAUUCCCUGAAAGCCCUUUGGCAUUAUCAAGGAAACCUUCCUCCGAUAGUCUUUCCUACAACCAGGAUCGGCCAGGAGAUGAUCCUGGAUGGCAUUCCAAGAAUGGUGUCACCCCCAGAAGUGUUCUUGGUAGUCGUCAACCAGCCAGUAACCCAAACCUAAGGUCAAUUUACCAGCAAGAUACAAGCAAUAGUGAUGUAUCAUUUGGCCAGGACAAGAAGAAAGAAGAUAAGACUGACCUCAAGAACCCUCCGGAUGAUGCUUCCCUUUACCUUCGAUACUACCAUGUAUUCAAAGAGGGUGAAUUAACUGACUUGAUUGAAAGAAACAUUGAGAAUCUUCAUAUUGUGAAGAGCUACUACGACCAUGCCAAUUGGUGUGUAGUUGCUGAGAAGGUGGAGGUUUGGAGGAUAUGACGGGACAACUGUGCAACAGAUUUUAUAAUAUUUUAUACAGAGAUAUAUAGCCUGAUAAAUGGUAUUUCAAAUCAAAAGUGAUAUUAAAUUAUUUUUGUGUCAUAGAAUAAGUGCCCUUGUGUAUUCAUAUUGUCCACUGAAUCAAAACAAAAUCAUUAUUUUUGUAAAGUAAUUAACAGAAAACAUUAAGAUGUGUCUGCUGCCCUCUAUUUUUAGUAUUGUAUUGAAUUGUGUUAUAGGAGAUGACUAGAGAUAUUCCUACCUCGUUUUUAUUAUUUUAUCAUAUUAAGAUUUGAAGUCAAUGUACUUUUAGAAACCAUUAUAUUCCAUUAAUUUUAAAAGUAAUAGUUGUGGGCCUUUUCUGGAUAUAAAGGUUAUUAUUUUUAAUGCUCGAGGUAGAUGCUGAUUCAAAGUUAGAAUGUAGAAAGUAUUCUUCAUUUAUGGAUUCUAUUCUUAUGUACGUGUUCUAUACUUUGCUAAAGAACAGUAAGUUUAGCAUAAGGACCCACAUUCAUAGAUUCUCUGUGUUUUGCAUGCAUGUUCUACAUGACUAUAGAAUGAUGAUACAUUGAGAAUAAUGAAUGAACCAUAUUUGCAUGUGCCCUUACAAAAUGCAAUUCCUUCUUUUUGUAUAAUAAAACUAUGCAUGAAUAAUGCAAAGCAUUCCUGUUUGAAUGCAUUGACUUAAAGAAAAUACAUGUGUGAUUUUAAUUUGAUACUCAUUCCUCAGUAAUGCAGUAUAUUUACUUGUAUUAAGUCGAGAGAGUCCAUUCAAGAUGUAGUAACCAUAUGCAAUCAUUGGCCAGUGUUGAGAUCCAGUUCACCAAAAUUCAAGAAGAUAAAUGCAGAGCCCGACCUUUCCAUCCCUAACAUCAUGCAAAUUUCUGAUUUUAUUCAAUAUCAUAUAUAUGCAAAAUGUAAAGUGUAAUUUUGGAAGUCAAGUCUAAACUUCUUGUGGAUAAAAUGAAAUUUCCAAGAAAAAUAAAUAGAGGAUUCAUCACCUCAGUCAAUUCAAUCAAUUUGUUUUAUACAAUAAUGUAAAUACCCUUAGUUUAGAUGAUCAGGGUGCCCCUUAAUGCAGAAGCUUCAUGAGAUGGUAUACAUACCCAGACAGAAUAUUUGAAAUAUAUAAAUAGAUGAAUGAAUGAAUAUAUGACUCAAUGAAUUAAUAAAUGAUAAAAUAAAUAAAUGAAUGAAUAGAUGAAUAAAUAAAUAAAUAAGUAUAUAAAUGAAUAAAUAGAUUAG